GUUUUAGACAUAUAUAGUAGUUGUAAAAGUUUCUAAUUUGAAAUGAAAUUAUUUAAACAAAAUUGAUAUUAUAAUUUAAUUAAUCCCAAAUUUUCCAGGAAAAAAAAAUCCAAAAUCUUUGUACUCGACUCCACUGGGGUAUAUUGUUAGCUCAUUUUUCCAACUAGAUGCCACCCCUGGCGAUGACGGCGGUUACUUGGUUAUCAUCCCCUUCUGCUUUGCCGCGUCCUCCCAAACCCCUCUUCCGGGGAAGGCAUAACGCCGCCGCACACGUCGUCAAGGCUGCGAAAUGGCCUCGUGCCAGCAGCGUAGGAUUCGCAUCGUUGCGCGGAGAGAGACUGCUCAGGUUCAGCACACUCCAUAGGGGACGCCGUAUUUCACUUCCCGCGGCGGAUUCCGGCGGCGAUGGAUUGGUUUCGACCGACGGGGACGAUGAGGUCCAGUGGAGGAGAUCCUUACAGGCAAUUCUCUGGAUUGCGGAGGGAGUUUAUGUGAUUUGGCUCUUUUUGCUCCCCUAUGCGCCUGGUGAUCCCAUAUGGGCAAUCAGUUCAGACACUGUGAAUCAUCUUGUUGCCCUUUCCCUUAAUUUCUUUCUCAUUUUGCCUCUCUUGAACAAUGGUUUGUUUCUUUUUUAUAGAUUGCCACAUAACCUCACGUAUGCUUAAUUUAAGCUUGAAAUUAUUUCUUACUCGAAAGUGUAUCAUUAUUGUUGUGCUUUGAGUUGAGUCUUUGUUUGUGUGUGAUGAAAACCGAACCCUUUGGGCAGAGUAGCUGGCAUUCAUUUCUUAGAGGCGCCAGUGCAACACCCAGUGUCCGAAGGACUAUUCAAUUUCGUUAUUGGGUGGACGCUUAUGUUUGCGCCUUUGUUGUUCACCGACCAUAAGAGGGAUAGGUAUAAAGGGUCGCUGGAUGUUCUGUGGAUCCUCCAAAUGUUCCUCACAAACACAUUCUUAAUACCAUACAUGGCCAUAAGGCUAAACAGCGGAAGGAGAGUAGAUGAACCAAGAAAGGCCUCUCGGUUAGGUUCCAUCAUGACUAACAAUGCACCCAUUGUGGGGCUAAUUGGCGCUGGGGUCUGUUUGCUGUCAACAAUUUGGGCAGUCUUCGAUGGUGACUUUAAUGGCAUAGCAGAAAGAUGGGAGUUCUUGGUGAGUUAUAUCGGAUCCGAAAGACUUGCAUACGCCUUCGUUUGGGACAUAUGUCUCUACACGAUUUUCCAACCGUGGCUCAUAGGAGACAACUUGCAAAACAUUCACAAGGAUAAGGUUAAACUGGUGAGUUAUUUUAGAUUCGUUCCAUUUGUUGGCCUCCUUGCCUACUGCCUCUGUCUAAACCUUGAUCAUGACAAAUCCAAUACAUGAAAAUGAUAAUGGAUGGACAAGCAACAUGCAUUAUAAACUAUGAAAAUAACUUUUUCUUGGAAUU